AUGACGGAAGCGCAGAUCAUGGAAAAGUUACGAUCCGUCGUCUCACAGGGUGAUCCAACCACUCUUUAUAGUAAGAUUAAGAAAGUUGGCCAAGGUGCCUCCGGUUCCGUAUAUGUGGCAAAGUCGCUGGUUACUAAUGCUAAGGUCGCAAUUAAGCAAAUGGACUUAUCUCACCAACCUCGAAAGGAACUUAUUGUCAACGAAAUUCUUGUAAUGAAGGAAUCGCAACAUCCGAAUAUUGUCAAUUAUCUUGAUUCGUUUUUGGUGAAAAACAAUGAAUUAUGGGUCGUAAUGGAAUAUAUGGAAGGUGGUGCAUUGACUGAUGUGAUCGAUAACAACAGUUUAGAAGAAGACCAGAUAGCGGCCAUCUGCCAUGAGACUUGUAACGGUCUACAACACCUUCACAGUCAGAAUAUCAUUCAUCGCGACAUUAAGAGUGACAAUGUUCUUUUGGAUGCCUAUGGACAUGUUAAAAUAACUGACUUUGGUUUUUGCGCCAAGCUCACCGACCAGAAAAACAAGCGUGCGACAAUGGUCGGAACACCGUAUUGGAUGGCUCCUGAAGUUGUGAAGCAGAAAGAAUAUGGCGCUAAAGUAGACAUUUGGUCAUUGGGCAUUAUGGCGAUUGAAAUGAUAGAAAAUGAACCGCCGUAUCUCGACGAAGAACCAUUGAAAGCACUAUAUCUUAUUGCUACAAAUGGUACUCCUACAUUAAAGAAACCAGAGAAAUUGUCGAAAGAACUUAAAAGCUUUCUUGCGGUUUGCUUAUGCGUGGAUGUGAAGAGUAGAGCGACUGCUGGCGAACUUCUGAACCACGAGUUUUUGAGAAAAGCCUGUCCACUUUCCGAUCUUGCUCCCCUGCUUAAAUUUAAAACCGCAAAAGACGGGAGAACAUAA